UUUUUCAGUUGUAAACUGAUCUCUGUGGCGUGAGUGACUGGAUAUGCGCGAAAGAGAAAAUGAGCAGUCGCUAUUUCACAACGGGCGUUUUAUGCAGUGAACCAAAGCUGUUUUAGCAGGAACUCGACAUAUUCAAGGACUUUUCCCCCCACUCUGGUCUUACAAUGUGGGAACAGGCGGAAUUUGAGAAGCACUGGCGGAAUGAGUUUCCCGACGGUGAAGUGCCCGUGAUGAAUCUCCACUCGGUGGAGGACAUAGAGGCAGAGCUGGAGAAAUGCAAAGCCAAUCUGAAGGUGUUACAGCAGGCUCUGUCGGAAGAGAAGUUCAAGGUGAUUUACCUUCAGGCCACCAUCGCGCAGAAGAAGAGAAAUUAUGACAUUGAGAAAUGCUGGAACAAAGCAGAUUCAAAUGAGGACAGAACUUGCGGGACAGAAAGCAGAGUUGAAGAAGAGCCUUUCGCCCGGGACAUACUCCGGGACAACAAGACAGGUAAGCCCAUCCCCGUCCCUCCUCGGAAAAAGCCAGAUGUUCAGCAAGAUCACUCAUCUGCUCGUGACAUCUCUCUGUGCGUUGGCGAGCAACGGAACAGUGAGCAGGACAGUGAUCAUGAGUUUGAGGACGUGGAGCUCAACGAAAACUUUCUCCGAAAAAACAUUCUAAACCCAAAGAGUAAGGUCCGGGAGAAUCACCGACUGAAUCCUCGGUUCUGCAUUAGUCGAGAGCUGGACUCCGAUGAUGGCAGACUGUCUCCUUCGCUCGCGCUCCGCGGCUCUCACGGGUCUGGACGCAGCACACCUGACGGAUACUUGAGCUCCGACCAUGAUGACGACUCCUCUGCAGACUUUAACUACAACACUGAUGGCUAUGAAGGAGAUACUGCAGAAGACAGGAAGUCUCAGGAUGGUUCAGAGACCAUGCCCUUCAUAGACGAGUCGCCCACCAUGUCCCCUCACCUCUGCGCACGGGGACAGGAUGGAGAGGCCGUCUCACCCAUGCCACCUGAUGGGCUACUGCCUGGGGGAGACAUGGAAAAGGGUCUGGAAAUGAAGAAACUGGUUCUGUCUGGUUUCCUGGCAAGUGAAGAGAUCUAUAUUAACCAGCUGGAGGCGUUGCUGCUGCCCAUGAAGCCACUUAAAGCUACAGCUACUACAUCAAAGCCAGUGCUGACAAUGGAGCAGAUUGACACUAUUUUCUUCAUGAUUCAAGACAUCUUUGAGAUUCAUAAGGAGUUUUAUGAUGCUCUUUUCCCCAACAUUCAGCAGUGGGAUGAGAAGGUCACUGUUGGACAUCUCUUCCAGAAACUGGCCAGUCAGCUCGGUGUGUACAAAGCUUUUGUGGACAACUAUAAAGUCGCAGUGGAGACGGCAGAGAAAUGCAGCCAGGCCAACAGCCAAUUUCAGAAGAUUUCUGAGAAUCUGAAAGUUAAAGGUCCUAAAGAAUCCAAGGACUGCACCACAACCGCCACCAUGGAGGCUCUCCUCUACAAGCCUAUUGACCGUGUCACUCGCAGCACUCUUGUCCUGCAUGAUUUGUUGAAACACACCCCUAAGGAUCAUCCAGACUUCCCAUUACUGCAGGAUGCUCUGAGAAUAUCCCAGAACUUCUUGUCCAGCAUCAAUGAAGAGAUUGACCCACGCAGGACUGCCGUGACCACACCAAAGGGAGAGGCUCGUCAGCUGGUGAAGGAUGGCUUCCUGGUGGAGGUGUCGGAGGGGACACGUAAACUUCGUCAUGUCUUCCUCUUCACAGACCUUCUGCUCUGUGCCAAGAUGAAAAAGACAGCAGUUGGGAGGCAACAGCAGUAUGAGUGUAAAUGGUACAUCCCUCUGGCUGAUGUGAGCUUCCAGACCCUGGAUGACUCUGACUCUCUCCCUCACGUCCAGACACUCCCUGAGCACGAGAUUGAGGAGAUGAAGAUCAAGAUCUCUUCCAUCAAAAGUGAGAUCCAGAAAGAGAAGAAAGCACAGAAGGGUCAGAGUCGUAACGUGGAUCGUCUCAGGAAGAAGAUGAAUGAGCAGGAGUCGUGUCUGCUAUUACACUCCCCCACCAUCCCAUUCCGCAUCCACAACAAACACGGCAAGAACCACCUGUUCCUGCUGUCCUCAGAUUAUGAGAGGUCAGAAUGGAGGGAAAGCAUUCAGAAACUGCUGAAGAAAGACCUGCAGCCAUGUGUGUUGAGUUCAGUAGAACUGCAAGUGUUAACCGGCUCCUGCUUCAAACUCAGAACUGUCCACAACAUUCCCGUCACCAGCAACAAAGAUGAUGAGGAAUCUCCUGGUCUGUAUGGCUUCCUGCAUGUGAUCGUCCAUAAAGCCAUGGGCUUGAAAGAAUGUGCCAAUAUGUACUGUACGCUGGAGGUAGACUCUUUCGGUUACUUCGUCAGUAAGGCCAAAACACGUGUGUUCAGAGACACAACAGAACCACAGUGGAACGAGGAGUUUGAAAUAGAGCUGGAGGGCUCUCAGUGUCUGCGGAUCUUGUGUUACGAGAAGUGUUAUGACAAAUCAAAGCUCAAUAAGGACGAUAAUGAGAUUGUGGACAAAAUCAUGGGCAAGGGUCAAGUACAGCUGGACCCACAGACCGUGCAGUCCAAAAACUGGCAUAUGGACGUCAUAGAAAUGAAUGGGAUUAAAGUGGAGUUUUCCAUGAAGUUUACAAGUCGGGACUUAAGUUUGAAGCGGACACCAUCAAAGAAACAGAGUGGCGUGUUUGGGGUCAAAAUUAGUGUGGUAACAAAGCGCGAACGAUCCAAGGUGCCUUACAUUGUGCGGCAGUGCAUUGAGGAGGUGGAGAAGAGAGGUAUUGAUGAAGUGGGCAUUUACAGGAUCUCUGGAGUGGCCACAGACAUCCAGGCUCUCAAAGCUGCGUUUGACGCCAAUACCAAAGAUAUCCUAAUGAUGUUAAGUGAUAUGGACAUUAAUGCUAUAGCAGGGACACUGAAAUUGUAUUUCAGGGAGCUGCCAGAACCUCUUCUCACAGACCGGCUGUACCCAGCCUUCAUGGAGGGCAUUGCUCUAUCAGAUCCUGCAGCAAAAGAAAACUGCAUGAUGCAUCUGCUGCGGUCACUACCAGACCCGAAUCUCAUCACAUUCCUCACCCUACUGGAACACCUGAAGAGGGUGGCAGAAAAGGAACCAGUCAAUAAGAUGUCUCUGCAUAAUUUGGCCACAGUGUUUGGCCCCACUCUGCUGAGACCCUCAGAGUCAGAGAGCAGUAAGGCCCACAUCACGCUGGCCUCUGACAUCUGGUCACAUGAUGUCAUGGCACAGGUUCAGGUAUUGCUGUACUACCUGCAGCAUCCACCCAUAUCCUUCGCAGAGCUGAAGAAGAAUACACUCUAUUUCUCAACUGACGUCUAACCCACAACUCCCUUUUUCUCAAACAUUGUAUUUUUUUCUGUACAAAGCCAAUGGUACAGUGGGGGGGACACAGAGAGACUGUGCCUGCUCUCCCCUGCAUUUGUUGUCUCCAGUUAUUUUCAUGUGUAAAAGGGGCUUAAGCUUCGCUCCAGCAUGGAGAAGAAUUGCAGCGAGAGGAGUGUGAUCUGGAGCGAGCCCAGGAUUCGGUAUCACAUUAUAGAAAUGUUGCACUUAUCACACAGGAGUUCUGCCAAACACAAACACACUUCCUAACAUGUCAAACACCCUGUUUACCGUCCCAUCUGAAGGUUAGUGUCUUGGGAUGUUGGUUCAUCAGAGUUGCAGAUGCAUGCAGGGAUGUCUUCAUCUGUUGUGGCGGUUCCUCUAAAGCCCAGUUCAGUGAUCCCAGGGCUGGAAGUGAACUGCAAUUGCUCUCUUCCUCAAGAGAUAUUCUAAUAAACAUCAGCAUUUCCAUGUUUUAUAAAUAUUAUUUGUUUUUGUUUUGUUUCAUAAGCUUUUGUGCAUGUGAUACAAGGACAGUGAGCUGUAAGAGAGAGAGAGAAAGCAAAUGCAUUUGUUCAAAAUAAAAUCUCCUGCUCCAUGCUUUCCUUAUGGGCAAAACAUUGAAAUCCCAGAACUUCCUUGUCCAAGAAGAUCCAGGCCAAAAAUUGCCCUAUCUAUUAUGAAUAUAUACUGUUAAUUGUGCCUGCACAGUCUAGUACACAUUGAGACUCCGUGGAGUCCUUCAUUUGCAUUUUUUGUCUAUUCAUUUUUUGGUAUAGACUUGAUUAUACUUUAGAAGACAGAAACUAACAGUUAAAUCAGCCAGCUUUUGGGACAAGUCAUGAUAUGCAAUGUACUGAAAUUAUACUUGGAAAAUGCAAAACUUUGUCGUGAUUUAGGGAAACGUAAGGUAACAUUGUUAAUGUCACCUUUGCAAUUUGAAGUGUCUGGUGAUGCUUCGGUGUAUUCUGUAGAAAGAUCUGUGUUAAUGCCCUUUUUGCAUGUUCAGCUUGUCAGAUAAAAAUGGGCAGGAUAACACAAAGGUUCAUUUUCAUUUUUGUAUUUUGAAUUUAUUUAAUUAUUAUUAUUAUUUUUACUCCACUGCUGAAGACCACUGGCAGAGUGGAGAGAAAAACAAAACAAUUUUUCUGCUAUAAAUCCAGUGAUGUACUUCAUAAGCACUGUUAGAUUGCAAACUAUCUGAUAUUUUAAUAUAAUAUUAAAAGGGAAUUAAAAACUGGUGUAUUUUAUUUCUGUUGGAAAGAUAUUGAGUAUACUGUAUUAACAAGGGUUAUGUUGAUGUGAUUUCUCCCCCCCCCCCCCCCCCCCCCCGUUUUUAGUAAAAUAAAUAAAAUUGUACCUUGAGCACA